AUGUCUCAAGGAAGGAAAGGUUUAAGAAACAAAAAGAACGAACAAGAUGUGGAAGUGGAAGAAAAUGUGGAAGUGCACGGAGAAACUCAGCAGGCGGAACAAGAGCAGAGUGUAGCUCAAGUUCUACAAGAGACAACAGGAAUAACACAAGAACAAGAGGAAAAUGUCAAUAUGACAGCAUUGAUGUCUUUAAUGAUGCAGAUCAACAAAAAACUGGAAGAAAAUUCUAAAGAAAUCAAAGAAGAUAUGAAAAAAAUGGAAUAUAACAUGGAAGAGAAUUUAAAUAUGGUAGAUUAUGCUUUAAAAUUAAUAACUGUUGCAAAAUAUUUAGAACCCCCACUUAGAGAAGACGAAACAGUUUUGAAUGUUUCUAGACACUUUGAUGCGGACGUUGUGCAAACAGUCACAGUACAAAACAUUCAAACAGUAGACAGUUUUAUUAACUUUAUUCAAAGAGUACAAAGAGGUUAUAUUACAAGUAAUAAUAGUAAAAAUAGACAAUCAUAUAACAAUAAUAGGUAUGGUAGUAAUUCUCAAAAUUUUAAUAACAACAAUAAUACUAGUUAUGAGAGACAAGGUAAUAGAGAGAAUUUUAAUAAUAAUACUAAUGAUAAUAGACAAGAGAGACAAGGUAAUAGAGAGAAUUUUAAUAAUAAUAAUAAUUAUAAUAGGCAAGAUUUUAACACCAGGAGAAAUGCACAAAGAUAUAAUUACAACAGACAGGUAAAUUAUGUAAGGGGUCAGAGCUGCGAAGACAGUCAACGGAAUAGUACAUGGCAAGAAAAUAUGAAUAGUAGAAGUGAAAGCAGCGAAAGACAUCGAGAAUUAGAUCCAAACGAUCAGACACAAUCUGACAAUCCUAAUAAUCCAAAUUUUAUGUAG